CCUCCCCAAGACCCGCAUUCCCCUCCCCGCCGCGCAGCAAAGCAGCUCCUCCUCAUCUCCGCCCCGCCGGCUUCGGGCGCGGGGGGACGUCAGCGCUGCCAGCGUGGAAACAGCGGCGGGGCGCGGGAGGCGGAAGUAGCGCCCGGGACCGCCGGGCCUCCAUCGGGCUCCGCCGGCCGCCUCAGCCAUGGACGCGCCCCUGGAGAAGAUAGCAGACCCUACACUAGCUGAAAUGGGAAAAAACUUGAAGGAGGCCAUGAAGAUGCUAGAGGACGGUCAGAGGAGAUCAGAGGAGGAGAAUGGAAAGAAGCUCAUAUCAGGGGAUAUUCCGGGGCCACUGCAAGGCAGUGGACAGGACAUGGUGAGCAUCCUCCAGCUGGUUCAGAAUCUGAUGCACGGUGAUGAAGAGGAGGAGCCCCCCAGUACCCGAGUCCAGGAUAUUGGAGAGCAAGGUCAUAUAGCUUUGUUGGGGCACAGUCUGGGAGCUUACAUUUCAACUCUGGACAAAGAGAAGCUGAGAAAACUUACAACUAGGAUACUCUCCGACACUACUUUGUGGCUAUGCAGAAUUUUCAGGUAUGAAAAUGGCUGUGCGUAUUUCCACGAAGAAGAAAGAGAAGGACUUGCAAGGAUCUGCAGGCUUGCCAUUCAUUCUCGCUAUGAAGACUUCGUAGUGGAUGGGUUCAAUGUGUUAUAUAACAAGAAACCUGUUAUAUACCUUAGUGCUGCUGCUAGGCCUGGCCUGGGCCAGUACCUUUGUAAUCAGCUUGGCUUGCCUUUCCCCUGCUUGUGUCGAGUGCCCUGUAACACUAUGUUUGGAUCCCAGCAUCAGAUGGAUGUUGCCUUCCUGGAGAAACUGAUUAAAGAUGAUAUAGAACGAGGAAGACUACCCCUGUUGCUUGUUGCAAAUGCUGGAACUGCAGCAGUCGGGCACACAGAUAAGAUCGGGCGUUUGAAAGAGCUCUGUGAGCAGUACGGCAUAUGGCUCCACGUGGAGGGUGUGAAUCUGGCAACGUUGGCUCUAGGUUAUGUCUCCUCGUCAGUGCUGGCUGCAACCAAAUGCGAUAGCAUGACAUUGACCCCAGGCCCGUGGCUGGGUUUGCCAGCUGUUCCUGCCGUUACCCUUUAUAAGCAUGACGAUCCUGCCCUGACUUUAGUUGCCGGUCUUACAUCAAAUAAACCAGCAGACAAACUCCGGGCCCUGCCACUCUGGUUGUCUUUACAGUACUUGGGACUUGAUGGGAUUGUGGAGAGAAUUAAGCAUGCCUGUCAGCUGAGUCAACGAUUGCAAGAAAGUUUGAAGAAAGUGGAUCACAUCAAAAUUUUGGUGGAAGAUGAGCUUAGUUCUCCAGUGGUGGUAUUCAGAUUUUUCCAGGAAUUACCAGGCUCAGAUCCAGGUCCUAACGUCGUCCCUGCGCCCAGCGUGGCCCCUUCGGCAGUCGGCCGGGAGAGGCACUCCUGUGACGCUCUGAACCGCUGGCUGGGAGAGCAGUUGAAGCAGCUGGUGCCUGCGAGCGGCCUCACAGUCAUGGACCUGGAGGUCGAGGGCACAUGCGUGCGGUUCAGCCCUCUGAUGACAGCGGCAGCUUUAGGCACCCGGGCAGAGGACAUGGACCAGCUGGUGGCCUGCAUCCACGGCAAGCUGCCGCUCCUGACCUGUACGCUGCAGCUGCGAGAGGAGUUCAAGCAGGAGGUGGCGGGCACGGCGGGCCUCUUAUACGUUGAUGACCCCAACUGGCCGGGAAUAGGGGUAGUCAGGUAUGAACACGCGAAUGAUGAUAAGAACAGUUUGAAAUUAGAUCCAGAAGGGGAGAAAAUCCAUGCUGGACUCCUGAAAAAGCUCAAUGAACUGGAAUCUGACCUUACAUUUAAAAUGGGCCCCGAGUAUAAGAGCAUGAAGAGCUGCAUUUACAUCGGCAUGGCCAGCGACGACGUGGACGUUUCUGAGCUAGUGGAGACCAUCGCCGCCACAGCCCGAGAAAUCGAGGAAAACUCGAGGCUUCUGGAAAACAUGACUGAAGUGGUUCGGAAGGGAAUUCAGGAAGCUCAGGUUCAACUGCAGAAGGCAAAUGAGGAGCGGCUUCUGGAAGAGGGGGUGUUGCGGCAGAUCCCUGUGGUCGGGUCCGUGCUGAACUGGUUUUCUCCGGUACAAGCUUCACAAAAGGGAAGGACCUUUAACCUGACGGCAGGCUCCCUGGAGUCCACGGAACACACUUACGUCUACAAAGUACAAGGCUCUGGAGUGACACCGCCUCAGACCCCGUCAGCCGCACGCACCAGACAGAGACUCCCAGGCCAAAAGCCUUUUAAAAGGUCCCUGAGAGGUUCGGAUGCUGUGAGUGAGACCAGCUCGGUCAGUCACGUUGACGACUUGGAGAAGAUGGAGCACCUGUCAGGCGGGCAGGACGCCCCGGAGGCUGACAGCCCAGAGCAGCACCCCGGGCCCCCCGCUGCAGAGGCCGAGCAGCCCAGGGCCCUCCAGGACGGGGCCCAGCGCCCGGACGAUGGCCGCCCACAGGUAGAGGACCCCGAGAACUUAAGAUAAAAGUCAGUGUUUGUUUGGAGACUAUGAAUAUUGUGUCAGGGAAGAUGACGUUACUCUGCAAAUGUGAACUGUGCCACAUGCUCAUGAGAGAAAUGUUAUUUGUGCUUAACUGGGAUUUUUGCACAAGUGUGUGCCUGAAAGCCAGGCUCCUGGGAGGGCAGUUGACUUGUCUGACUUGAUGGGUAUAGGACAACCCCCAGCUACUGUUUGUGUUGACCCGGCCGUAGUACUGCCGUUUCCCCCCAGCCGCCGUCAACACUUGUUAUCACGAGGCACACUCUCAAGUUCGAGUGCCUGCCGCUUGAAACACUUGCCCUUAUCGUUCUCAACAUACGUGUAUGAAGUUACUAGCUUGCACAUAACGACUCUUUUGGUAAGACAGCUUUCUCUAGAACUUUCUGGGUUCUCUGUUGUCCUGCUGCAGAGGAGAGACAGACAGCGUUCCUGGCCAUCUGUUUCCUUGGUGUUUAGUUUGAUCCGGUCUUGAUACACAACUGGAUUGUGUUUGGCUUGAAGGAGAACGGGUUUCAGAAGGGCUGUAAAUAGGAGCGUCGGAAGCCCCCUCCUGCCAUCCCAACUGCUGCCUCCCCGGAGACGCAGUCAGGACUGGGUCCACUCCAGCUGUGGCAGGGUCAGAGGGCAGGUUGGACCAGGCAGUGCUUGUGUCUGACUUACCUCUGCCACACAUCCAUUGCUCCCUUUAUAUAUGAUUUGUAAACAAAUUGAAGGACUCAUCUAUUAAGAGGAACUGUAAAAAGUCUCCCUGACCAUAUUAUAUAUAUAUAUAUAUAUAUAUAUUUAUAUAUAUAUAUUUAUGUAUAUUUUUAAAUAACUGGUAAAGCUUUUAAAUUGGCACACAAGUACAGACUAUACUCAUUUCUACGUUUACUAUCUGAAAACUCGAUAAACACUACUCUUCAGCUCCUCCUGUGAACUAUGCUGUGUAGCACCCUGUGGAAAUUCUACAAUAAGCUCACCUUUGACCUGUUCUCAUAGGGGCUUCCAUAGCUUCUGUUCCACUGAGGAGCCCUUGGGGCCCAACUCGGAAACAAGAACCAGAAAUGUAAUCUUUCUUUCUCAGGCUGAUCAAGCCAGACUACUACUGAAAUGAUUGGGAGUAAACCCUUAAUUUUACUGCCCGUUUCUACUUUUCCAAAAGUACCGCGUCAUUUCGUUGAUCACAGGUAAACGGCCCCUGUGCCUUUUAGUCCAGCGAAGUCAAGCCACGGGGGAUCUUGGGAUGGUGGGGAUUCACCAGGGGUUUGUGGACGUCAGACUGAAAGCCUUAGUUGUGCCUCAUUAAGCCUAUAAUUACACUCUGAUUCCAUGUGAUUGCUGACAUACGGCACUUGUCAAAAUGCAAUUUUUCUUUUUUUUUUUUUUUUUGGUGCAGAUGAUUGAACAAGGUCUUCCCUGUUUAUUGGUGCAAUGAAGUUUAGCAGAUAAAAUGGGGGAGGGGAAAUUAUCACCUUUAACAAGAUUAAUUUUUAAAUGUUUUUAUAUACUUGGAAUAGUUAAAUUGGUUUUGCUGAAAAAGAAUUUCACCCUUGAGACACUAUUUGAAUGUUGGUUUCAAUAAAGGUUCUUGAAAUUGUUA